AUGGCCGUCAAGCAGCAGAACAACACGCAGCAGAAGCUGCUGCUCUUCGGAGCCGCCGCAGCUGUGCGCUUGCUCCUCUUCACUGUCUUUCCCGCACUACCAGACCUCCUCGCCGGACGUGUCGAGGUGUCAACACCAGUGACGAGCUUCAAGAGAUUGCAAGAGGGCGUCUUCCUCUACACCCAUAAUGUCUCUCCCUACGACGGCGGCGUAUACCACCAGGCACCCCUCCUGCUGCCUCUCUUCUCCCUCUUCCCGAGCCCGGCACAGGCCCCUCUGGCCACCAACAUCUUCUAUACUAUCGUCGACCUACUGAGUGCGAAUGCACUGGCUCAGGUGGCAGAGAGCGGCUUCGCGUCUGUCACGCGACUGUUCGCCUCGCCGCGGAAGGACUUGAAAUGGAGCAGUACGGCUGUCGCAGCAGGCUUCCUCUUCAACCCCUUCACCGUCCUGACAUGCAUUGCACGCUCUACCUCGGCCCUGACGAACCUCUUCAUCCUCACGGCCAUGGCCAAGGCCUCCCAAGGCGCCAGCUUCACCUUCAUUCUAUCCACGGCUUUCGCUUCGUACUUCUCUAUGCACCCGAUACUCCUCUUCCCUCCGCUGAUGGUCCUCCUUUAUGAUGCAAAGACACUAAAGUCCAAGACUGCGCCAAAUGUCACAUCCUUCAUCGCAACCCAUACUGUUGGCUUUGCAGGCGCAAUAGGCGCCCUGCUCACUGGCUCCGCAUUAUUGAUGGAUUCAUGGGACUUCCUGUCGGCGACAUACGGUGUGCGUCUUCUCCUGCCUGACCUCACACCCAACGUGGGACUCUGGUGGUACUUCUUCAUUGAGAUGUUCGAUUCCUUCCGCGAGUUCUUCCUUGGCGUCUUCUGGCUCCACGCGGCGUCGUAUAUGCCCGGCCUGACGAUUCGACUUCACAAGCAGCCACUGUUCGUCGCAUGCUGUUUGACAGGCGUUUUUGCCAUCUUCACUCCAUACCCGAGCAUAGCGGAUGCUGCGCUCUACCUUUCUUUGGUGCCCAUGUUCCGCCAUCUGUUUCCUCUCAUGCGUUAUACCUUUUUGGCAUCAGCGAGCAUCCUAUAUACGUCAUUCUUGGGCCCCGCCUUCUACCAUCUGUGGAUCUAUGCUGGAUCAGGUAACGCCAAUUUCUUCUACGCUAUUACUCUCGUCUGGAGUUUGGGAUUAUCCAUCAUCUUGGGAGACUCGCUAUAUGCGGCACUGAGGGACGAGCUGGAUGUGGAAAGACCCGAAUUACAGGGCAAGGAAGUGCGCAGGGCUUAG